UUAGUUAGGAACGUUGACAGAAACAUUCAUUACCAUUCGUUAGAUCAACUGUUUAAGUAAACAGACCAUUCACUCGGUCUAAAUUCUAACUGAACUUACCCGAAAUAGACAAGGAUGAAAAUAGCAUGAGGAUAAACCUAAUUCUUUGAUUAGCAAUCGUAUAAAUUUCAACUUGGAAUUAAAUCUACAAUUUCGUUCUACUUUCAAUUAUUGUUGAUGCAUCUUUUUGUGUGGUAUACUAUUUAUAUAUAUGUGAGCUUCUAAAAAGUAUUGAAUAUCAAAGAUAAGACUCAUAAUCGCGAGAAAUCAUGUUUUCUGGCAUGAUCAUGUCCAUACGAUAUUUCCUUUUUCCUGACCUAGACAAGACUCCCUCUAACCGUUGGUCUAUGAGAAAAUAGUUUGGCAGCAGCCAUACGAUAGUACGGAUGCUGCUCAGUCGAUGAAGAUUCGUUUUAAGUGCCGUUUAUAAAUUUGACUCUUCUCUUGAUAAUUCAUUAAAAAAUCGUAUCGUGCAUUAAUGAGAUUAGAUUUAUUAAUGGAUUUUAUUUAUCCUUAAAAAAAAAAAGAAUUAUUAAAAAAAUGCUUCUCAUAUGCGUCAUCCUGUUUUUAUUACCUUGCAUUCAAGGAUUUCCGAGAAGAGUUCCAAUAGGAGUUCUUUUCGAUGGGGAUGAAAUGAUUGAAAGAGCGUUCCAUUUAUCGAUCAAAAAUGUUAACAGAAAUGCUAGAAUAUCAAACGAUAUUAAAGCUUUAACAUUAAGAUCGGAACAAAUUGACACCGAUACAUUCGAUGCAGCAGAGAAAACGUGCAAACUUUUGGAAAUGGGCGUAGCCGGUUUGUUCGGACCGAAAGACAAAUCUGCAUCGUAUUUUGUUCAAAGUAUGUGCGAUGCCAUGGAUUUGCCAUACAUUACAACUAGAUGGGAUCCUGAACAAACUCGAGGAAAUGCAAUUAAUUUAUAUCCUCAUCCCGAAGUUCUCUCAAUGGUUUAUUACAAUAUAAUAAAAGAUUUCAAUUGGAAAGAAUAUGUAAUUUUGUAUGACAAUACAGAAAGUUUGUUACGUUUGCAACGUGUAUUGGAACUACAAGAAAUAGUUGGUUACGAGAUUAGAAUUUAUCAUCUCGGUAAUGGUCCAAAUUACAGAGAUAUUUUACGAACCGUCAAAAUGUCGGGUGUCAUCAACAUAGUGAUCGAUUGUUCGUACGAAACUUUACCUGUGGUUCUCGAACAAGCCCAGCAAGUUGGUUUAAUGUUACAAAAGUAUAACAUAAUCGUAACAAAUCUGGACUUGCAAACAUUAGAUCUGGAACCUUAUCAAUACUCAGGUGUAAACGUGACGGGUGUAAGAAUGAUAAAUCCAGAAGACCCUUAUCUCUUGGAUAUUUUUAAUACUCCUUAUCUCGAUUGGAAUUUAACAAAUCCUAUGCAAUUAACAGUCGAUGCAGCAUUGGCCUUCGAUGCUGUGCAAAUUUUUGCUAGAGGUAUGGCACUGUUGGAGGACAGUGUUAAUGGUAAUUUUAAAAAAUUAGCUUGCAACGAAUCGGAUAAUUGGGAAUUUGGUAAUAGUUUGAGCAAUUUUAUUCGUGCCGAAAAUAUGCAUGGAUUAAGUGGACCAGUGAAAUUCGACACAUCUGGAUAUCGAAGUGAUUUUAAAUUAGAAAUCGUCAGUCUUAACAUAGAAGGAUUAAAUAAAGUUGGUGAUUGGUAUAGUACGAAUAGUAUUCGAUGGGUACAAAAAUCUGGCCUACCAGCUAAUGAGAUUAAAGUAUUGCAAGACAAACAUUUCAUCGUUUUGAUUUCUCUGACAUAUCCAUAUGGAAUGUACAAAGAAUCACCUGAUUUGAGAACAGGUAAUGAUCGUUACGAAGGUUUCGCUGUUGACAUCAUAGACGAAAUGAGUAAACAGUUAGGAUUUAAUUAUACUUUUGAAGUACAAGAAGAUAACGUUUAUGGUUCUUUGCAAAAAACUACUGGAGAAUGGAAUGGGAUGAUUAGAAAAAUUAGAGACGGUAAAGCAGAUCUUGCUAUUACAGAUUUAACGAUCACUUCUGAACGAGAGAGUGCGGUAGAUUUUACAACACCCUUUAUGAAUUUAGGUAUAAGUGUACUCUACAGACAACCGACACAGGCACCACCAAGUUGGACUUCAUUCCUUUUACCAUUCUCUUAUGAAGUAUGGGGUUGCAUUUUUGGAGCAUGGAUUGUCGUGAGUCUUGUAUUGUAUAUCAAUGGAAGAAUGAGUGCAGCCGAAUGGACCAAUCCGUAUCCUUGUAUCACCGAGCCAGAAGAAUUAGAAACACCUUACACUAUGGUUGACACUCCAUUUUUCACUAUUGCAACUUUACUCAACGGUGCAUCUGAUUUUGCUCCUGGAGGUAUUUCAACGAGAGCAAUAGGUACAACAUGGUGGUGUUUUAAUCUAAUAAUAAACGCAACUUACACUGCUAAUCUAGCGGCAGCUUUAUCUACCAGUCCAACAGUGUGGCCCUUUACGAAGGCAGACGAGUUGCCCUAUCAAAAAGAAAUCAAAUACGGGGCGAAGAGAGACGGGUCUACAAUCUCGUUCUUCAAGACGGCAACUUACGAGCCCUACAAACUUAUGUACGAUUACAUGAUGGAACACGCAAGCGAGGUUUUAACGGAUAACAAUGAGGAAGGUCUGAAAAAAGUGCAGCAAGAGAAUUAUGCAUUCUUCAUGGAAUCUACGUCAAUAGAAUAUUUUACACAAAGAAAUUGCAACGUCACCAAAGUUGGUGGUUUGUUGGAUCAAAAGGGUUAUGGGAUUGCCAUGAAAAAAGAUAUAUAUUAUCGGAACCAGCUAAGCGGUGCGAUACUGAAACUGAAGGAGUCUGGCAUAAUAACCGAACUCCAAGAUAAAUGGUGGAGGCAAAAAAGGGGUGGGGAUAAAUGUAGCGAAAAACCACCUGCAAUAGCCAAUCCGUUGAAUUAUGAAGACGUCAGUGGUGUGUUUAUUGCUCUCGGAAGUGGUCUUGCUGUAUCCUGGAUUGGUACACUUUGGUCUUUUAUCUGGAACAUACGGAAUGUUUCUGUUACCGAAAAUGUUCCUUUCAAGGAGGAAUUCAUGAGCGAAUUGAAAUUUCUAUUAAAAUGUGGUGGGACAAAAAUAGUUACGAGAAGAAAAAAAUCUUCGACCACGUCAACGGAAGAUGAUACGAAAAAACCAAGUAGUUAAAUUUGAUGGAAUAAAAGAAACAAAAAAGAAAUCUCUUCGAUUAGAAAGAAAUCGAUUAAGAAUUUUCAAUCAACCCCUGGGUGUGAAUUAGGGUUUUUACGAUAGGAAGGAUUUAAUAACGGAUGAGGAGGAGGAGGAGGAGAAAGGAAGAAAAAAAAUCACUUUUGGAAUAAGAAAUGAUUGUAAUGAGUUAGAUGGAAGGUAUUAUUAUUAUAAUAAUAUUCAACGUUAUUCACGAUAGGCCUAAUAUCGAAAUUAGAGAAGAGUGUUUUUGUCUGUUUUUUGUUUUUUAUUUAAAAUAUUUUUAAAAGCUUAUAGAGAAUAGGCAUAGGACCACGCGACUAAUGGUGGAGGGGGGAAGGAUCUCUCUUUCUCGAGAUCCAUAUAGACCAACCGUGGUCUAUCGCAAAAGAAUAUAACGAAAUUAGUGAUAAUAAUGGUGAGCGGCGCUUUAAUAAGCAUUAGGUGUAACAACCUUCUGUCGUAAAAGGGCCGCCGCCAAAGGGUAUCUCUCUCGGUGUAACGAAAUUGCUUGCUCGUAAAUAUAUGUUCGAUGGACAGGCGAAACACACGAUGUGCGUGCGCGAGCGCGCACAUUGACCUUAAUGAAGCUACUUUUCUGGCAUAGAAAAAAGAAGAGAGAAUAUAAGAAGAUAAAAAUACAACGAGAAAAGGAAAGAAAAAAAAAUAAGAAAGAAAGGAAGGAUUAGAAGAUCGGCGUGGUCCUUCAAAAAACGAGAAUGUGAUCGUUCAAAGAUCAUUUAUGUAAAUUUAAAUGAUCUUCAUUAUUAUUAUUCUCUUUUUCUUUUGAGAUGAUUACGAAUUAGAAUAAUUUAUUCAUUUCUUAUGUGAAGUAAUACGCUUAGGCAAAUAUUUCUUCUUUUUUUUUUUCAUUUAAAGUAUUACUGUUAUUUUAUUUAUUAUUAUUAUUUUUUUUUGUUUUUAAUGGAGUUACUUUUAUAGAAAUAUUGAAUGAAUAGAAUUAGUGUUGUGAUGUAAUUUGAAAUAUACAUUAAUACUCGAAAAAAUAUUUAUUAUUACCGUAAUAAUGUUAACUCUGAAAUUUGCUUUGGUUUUAUAUAAGGUAUUGUUUUUUCUAAUCAAUUUUUUAAAAGAUACGGUCAGAAUGGAUGAUAAGCUAAAUAAGAAUUUAAAAUAAUAAUAUAAAUGAUUUGGAUCAUUUAUGGAUUUUUCACGUAUAAAAAUAAACUCAUUAAUUUGUUCAUGUCACGUUUAGGUUGGAUUUAAAAUCAAAAUAAAAGAUAGAGAGAGAGAGAAAGGAAAAAAGUCGAAAAUUAACGAAGAAAAAAAUAUAAAUAGACAAAAAAGUCAUAGCGGAAAAUUGUAGGACGAGUAGUAAUAGUCGUAAAUGAGGGAUUUUAACGAAGCCAGGCCACCGGUUCACUUUCUACAAGCGAUAACUAACUCGACGCGUUCGUGGGAAAUAAAAAUGAAGGAAAAGGGUUUCGUUAAAUUCCCGUCUUUACGAUCUUAAGCCGUCACGCGAAAUUAAAAAGUCAUUCUCGUCUUGUUUAAAAAAUAAACAAAAGUAAGCAAUGCGUCUUUAUCAGUCGAGUUCUUCGAUUUUUGUUAAUGUUUGACGUCGUUACGACGUGACGUUGCCGUAAAACGAUGCGACGUCAUGCAAAAUACUCGAAGAAAAGUGAAAGAAGGAGAAGAAGAAGAAGAAGAAGAUAAAAUCACACAUAAGAAAAAGGAUAAAAUUUCGAAAGAUAUAUCGCGUGUUUUCUUACGAUACAUGCGUGCUCUCUUUUUUAUUAUUUAUUUAUUUAUUACCAACGAGAUUCCUUGCGAUCGAGUGCUUUACAUUUUGUAGAAAAUAUUUGCAAUAGCGUAUAAACGUGUUCCACCUUCUUACUUCUACUUCUUAUUUUUAUUUUUGUUUUCUGAUUCUUCUAUUCCAUCUUCUAACAAAUAAUCAAAUCGAACGUUACACCUUACAUUACACUUUAAGAUAGCACUCUUACCCGCAUCUUCGAAGGAUCGUAAAAUUUUACAGUAUGACUUAAAACAUGUGUGUGUGUAUGUGUGGAUGUACGCAUAUGCGUGUAACGCUUUCAACGUGUAUCGAUUCUUUAUAAUAAAACACUUAUCGAAGUAGAAAAUAUUUUCUA